AUGGACUGGUGCAGAUGGAGAAAACCGACGAGCCAACGAGCCUUGGCAGUUCUACGAAUUCUCGGCAGAACCAAUCAGUCGUUGCGAGGUAUGGGAAGAGAAUGGAGAGGUCUUUGUCAAGACCUAUGCAAUCACGCCAAACGUAUUGCAACUUCCAAAGAUAUGGCGAAAAGAUUCCGGUAUCGGGUCUGGUCGCCAUUUCUUAAGUACCUCAACGAUCCGGAAGAGAAGUUCAUUGACUACUUCUCGGGUGGUACUGUAGGAAAGAUCAAAGCGAAGUACAAUCCAACUGGAAACUCCGUCUUUGAAAUUGUCAAGAUUUAUAAGGAGAAGGUACCAAGAAUGGGAACGGGAUUCAUGUUGGCUACUCCCUGGACCAUGGAAUUCAUCUAUAAAAAUGUGAAAUCGACAUGCCUCGCGGACCAGCACAACCUCUUGUCCAUCAACAAAGAUUACAAGGCCUCUGAUCAAGAUCGUGAGAUUGGCGUUGUCAUUGUGGCCGAAUAUCCCAAUCUCGCUUCCGCCGCAAGUUGGAGAACGCCGCCACCAGGCUACAAAAAUACCAUCUCCUAUAUUUUCUCAAGAAAUCUGGGGAUAAUUCGAUGGGCUCACAAGGACCCGGCCAUUUACGAAGAGCACCCAGAGGGCCAUCUCAACCAGAGAGCAGAUCCCAACCAUCGAGUCCAGGACGCUAAAGAAGUCAAAUUCAGACUAGGGAAAUGGGUGGCCUUUGGUCUGAACCAGAAGAGACGUGCUACGACGACAAGCUUCACUGGACCAAACCGUGGAAUUCUAAAUUACACGGCCAGCAAAGUGGAAGUAGUCGCAAAUCAGAAACUUACGAGAACUGAUAGCGGCGUUUUAGAGAUGGAUGCAAGCUUCCUAUUCAACCAUGAAGAAUUGGAGAAUCCUGAAAAUGCCUCAAAAGAAUGGACUUCAAGAUUCGCCUAUCUCUCCAAGACCGCUCAUUUUUGGGAUAUGGAAUUGGGAAGAGUGGAAAUCUAUCCCUUGGUCGCCAAAACAAUCCUCGAGGAAAUUGAAAACCACCGUAACUCCCUAUCCCCAGCUGACAAGGAACGUCUGAAGGAGGAAGCGAUCGUGGUGUCUGUUGUUACCAAGGUUCAUCACAAAUGGCUUCAGAACUUCCAUAGGUAUCCAGAAGCUGGCGUCUUCUUCGCUCACCGAGUUCUCGAAAUAUUCUAUUUGGACGGAGGGAAGCCCAUUUUCAAGGCUCAAGCACUUGAAAACUAA